CUUAAAGAAGUAGACCUUCGCAAGUUUAGCACUAUUGAUACCAACAAGACCCAGAUCCUUGGGUCUGGGUCUUUCCAAGGUGGUAUUACUAAGGCAAAAUAAAUCGAAGGAAAUGUUGAAAAUGAUCUAUUCUAAUGAAAAAAUUACUAUUCCAACCAAAGCCAAGGAGAGUAGUCGAAGGUUUAAGAGCUCAUCCAAACGCACCUAGUAUUAAGCCAAUCAAGUCUUCAAGUCUGAGGUCGAUGAAGUUUAAAGGAGGCAACAGGCGUUAUACUCAGUCUAAUUCUAAGUUAAACUCUCAGAAUUCAAAUUAUAGUAUCUCAAAUAAGAAGAAUUUUAUGCUUGAUUUAGAUUUUGGAAGCCAAGAUAUAUCGAUCGAGCAUCCUAAUCCCUCAUUGAAAGGGAGCAAGAGCAGGCCCAUGAACCGCCCUGUCAAGAGUAGGAUAAGUGUGGUUGACUCAAAUAUGCUCAGAGAGAAAGGAAACUUUUUAAAUUUUGAAACUCAAUCGAGAAGAGCUGAAUCCAAGAUCAAUAAGCACCAGUACACUCCAGUAUCAGUAAGGAGCGAGAGUAAAGCUGAUCCUUCCUUCAAAGCAAUUGAGGAGAACAUCAAAGCUAGGCUGAAAGAUCACGAAGAACGCACUGUUAGAGCUAGUAAAAGAGGAAAUACUGUCAAAAUAUUUGACGAAAAGAGGUUAUCCAUAUUUAUCAAAGCUAUUAAGGAACUACUUGACUUUAAACUAAUCCCAGCUUCCCUUGCUACUCUCCUUCUUGAAGGUCUAGAUGACUCUAAGAGAAGGAUAAUCUCUCAUGAGAAGAACAUGAUUAAUAUGCAGCAGAUGAUCAUGAAGCAAGUGAGCGAUCUUGAUAAUCAACUCAAACUUAAACAAUCAGAAGUUAAAGAAACAGUCAAAUAAAUGCGAUGAGAAAAUGGGAAAACUUAAAAAAGAAAAUACUAAAUUGAAAGAAUUAGCCACAGAACUUCAAAAAGAGUUAGAAGAAAUUCGUCAAAAAGAAAUUGAACGUCUCGAGGAUACUGAUCUAGAUGAUGUUGAUAUUAUCAGUGAAGCUACAAAGAAAAAGCACUCUUCAAAAAUACCGGCCCAUCCACUAGUUCCGUCUCUUGAUUUUGAAAAACUGCGCAGGAUUCAGGAAGAAGAGAUACAAAAGUUGUGCAUUUUGAAAAAUGAGCUUGACGAAAACAUUCCCUUCGAAGAGUCAAACAACAUUAAGGUUAGUUCCCAAGAUGUGGACUUUGAAGAAUCAAGUAGCUUAUCUAGCCAAUAUAAAGCUUGUUUCAUUCCUGGUUCAACAAUCAACUCUCAGUCUGAAGAAGCUCUCACUAAAGCUCAAGAAUUGAUGCUCAGAAAAGCUCAAGUGAUCACUGAGUUGAACGAGAUUUACGCUCAAGAAGGUGAAGGAGAUGAAGAAAGCGGAAUAUUUUUGGAAGGGUAAUUUAAAACACAUCUUCAACCAA